GUCCAGAUACUAUAACCUACAACAUUGCUGCUUGUGAGGACAAUCCAAAAAAACAGCAAUCAAUAAAAGAACUUGGCGAAGCCAAAGGAGGAAGAACCUCAAAAAAAAUUGAUGUUUUAGAAGAAGUGGAGUAUACCAAGGCUCACCAUCAUCCCCAAGGAAUAAAAAUGGAAACAAAGAUAGAAACGAAAGAGGAGGAGGGUAUAGCGGAAAUUUUAGAAGAUGAAUAUAUGUUUGGUGAACGAGGUCGUAAAAUAACACAAGAACUUCUUUUAAAAAUAAUCGAAGAGAUUGAAUGUAAUCAUAAAGA